AUGCCGAUUCCCGCGUCCGAAUACGUCAGCAGCGUCUGGAAAGAUGGCAUAUUCGAUGGCCGUGUUGUAUUCGUAACUGGUGGUGCCGGCACCAUUUGCAGUGCUCAAACGAGAGCUCUCGUCCACCUCGGAGCGAACGCGUGCAUAAUCGGGCGCAAUGUAGAAAAGACCGAAGCCACCGCUGCCGACAUCGCUACAUCAAGGAAAGGCGCAAAGGUGAUCGGCAUCGGUGGCUGUGAUGUUAGAGAUCCCGAAAGCCUGCAGAAGGCCGCCGAACGAUGUGUGAAGGAGCUUGGCGCUAUCGACUUCGUUAUUGCUGGAGCAGCAGGCAAUUUCGUAGCACCCAUCACAAGUCUCAGCUCCAAAGGUUUCAAGACGGUCAUGGACAUUGACGUUCUUGGCACAUACAACACCGUCAAAGCGACGAUACCAUACCUCAUCGAGUCUGCACAGAGAAACCCCAACCCAAGUACGAACGGCUUGGCUGGAGGCAGAAUCAUGUAUGUCUCUGCUACCUUUCACUACGCCGGAAUGCCGAUGCAAGCGCAUGUUUCAGCCGCAAAGGCUUCGGUUGACUCUAUCAUGGCCUCGGUGGCCUUGGAGUUUGGUCCUUUCGGUGUAACAUCCAAUGUGAUCGCUCCGGGCGGAAUCGCUGGGACUGAGGGUAUGGAACGGCUGUCGAGCAGCCAGGUUGACCCCAAGGUAUAUGGGAGGUCGAUCCCAUCCGGUCGAAUGGGCACCGUUCGUGAUAUCGCCGAUGCGACGGUGUACCUCUUCAGCGAUGCGGGUAACUACGUCAACGGAGAGAUCCUUGUCGUAGAUGGAGCCGACUGGAGAAAUAAGGGCAUGGGCGUCGGGCUCGACGCUGAUAUGAAGUAUCCUGAUUAUUUGCUGAAGGGCGAAUUUUCCAAAUUUGUCAAGAGCGGUCGAAAGGAGAAAUCAAAGCUUUGA